CUCUCUCUCUCUCUCUCUCUCUCUCUCUCUCUCUCGAAACUUAUCUGCGUAUAAAUUAGGCCAGAAGAGAGAAGGAAAGGGAAGAAGAAGAAGAAGAAGAAGAAGAAGAAUGGGAGUUUUAUCAAACAAGAUCGGAAGAGAUGAGCUGAAGCCAGGGGAUCACAUCUACUCUUGGAGGCUCGCUUACAUAUACUCUCAUCAUGGGAUAUAUGUUGGCGAUGGAAUGGUGAUCCACUUUACACGUGGAGCAGGUCAGGAGAUAGGGACAGGAACUGUUUUAGACCGAAAAAUUUUCAGCUCUUCCCAUCCUUCGGACAAUCCAUGCCCUAAGUGUGGGGAUCAGUCGAGGCUUGAUGGUGUCAUUCAAUCCUGUAUAGAUUGCUUCCUUUCAGAUGGGGACCUGUACCGCUUUGAAUAUGGUGUCUCACCAGUAAUCUUUCUUGCUAAAGCAAGAGGAGGGACCUGCACCCUUGCUGCUUCUGAUGCACCAGAAGAUGUCCUUCACCGUGCUUCUGUCCUGCUUAAAAAUGGUUUUGGUGGAUAUCAUAUUUUCAAGAACAACUGUGAGGAUUUUGCAAUCUACUGUAAGACAGGUCUUCUCAUAUCCAAGAGCAUCAGUGUUGGUCGAAGUGGGCAGGCAGGAUCCUUAUAUGCCGCUGCCAAAGCUAUUGAUGUUUCUAUUGAUAUUUCUUCUUCAAUUGCCAACUUUAGCUUUCUGACAGCUGCGGGUUGCGGUAUGUAUUGUAUCUACCGGUUUGUUUCUGAUAUUGGAAUACGUCGUGAUGUGACCAAAGUGCCAGUUGAGAGGCUUGUUUCUGGGUCUAGCUUGGAAGUUGCAGCUGAUGUUUCCAAGGAAAAGUAACAUUGUUUACUAGAAGAAAAUUGUGUGGAAUAAAAUAAGUGCUACCUGCUACCUAGUUGAUGGUGUGAUGCUAGUUGCAGAAAAAUAAAUUUUCCUUUGAAUUGCAAUGAUGCCCCGGUAAAAUGUGUAAUAUGAUCUUCACUGUGAAAUGCUUAUUGAGACAUGUAUUCUUCAUUCAUGGAGAAACACUAUAUCUAUUUUUCAGUUUAUGUUUGGUAA